AUGGCCGGGGCCCUGGGGCUGCUGCUGGCCCUGGGCUGCGCCGCCGCACGGGACCCGGCCCUCGAGGAGGCCUGGAGGGGCUGGAAGAGCCUCCACGCCAAGGAGUACCCGCAGGAGGCCGAGGCCGUGCGGAGGGAGGUCUGGGAGAAGAACCUGCGGCGCAUCGAGGAGCACAACYGGGAGCAGGCGCGGGGCCGGCACGCCUUCCGCCUGGCCAUGAACCACUACGGAGACCUGACAGAUGAGGAGUUCAACCAGCUCCUGAAUGGCUUCGCCCCGGCGUGGCCGCGGGGGCCGGCGCCGCUGUUCCGGGAUUCGGCGGCCGUGCGGACACCGGCCCAGGUGGACUGGAGGGCCAAGGGCUACGUGACGCCGGUGAAGAACCAGGGCCACUGCGGCUCGUGCUGGGCCUUCAGCGCCACGGGGGCCCUCGAGGGCCUCGUCUUCAACCACACGGGGAAGCUGGUGGUGCUGAGCGAGCAGAACCUCAUCGACUGCUCGCGCAAGCUGGGCAACGCGGGCUGCGGCGGCGGCUUCGUCACCCGCGCCUUCCAGUACGUGCGUGACAACGGCGGCCUCAACUCGGAGCACGUCUACCCCUACCUGGGCACGGACGCCUCGAGCUGCCGCUACGACCCGCGGGACCGGGCAGCCAACUGCUCGUCCGUGUGGCUGGUGGCGCCGGGCAGCGAGGCGGCGCUGGAGCAGGCGCUGGCGGCCGUGGGGCCCGUCUCGGUGGCCGUGGACGCCAGCAGCUUCCACUUCCACUUCUACGAGUCCGGCAUCUUCAGCAGCGCGUUCUGCAGCCAGCAGGUCAACCACGCCAUGCUGGCCGUGGGCUACGGCAGUGCCCAGCAGGACGGGCAGAGCGUUGGCUACUGGAUCUUGAAGAACAGCUGGUCGGAGCUGUGGGGCGAGCGCGGCUACAUGCGGCUGCCCCGCGGCACGCGCAACGCCUGCGGCGUGGCCAGCCAGGCCAGCUUUCCUGCGCUCUGAGCGCCGCCCGCCAGCCCGGCCUCCCUUCGGGCG